AUGAAUUCGCCGAAAGUUCCCGAAGGACUUGGAGCCUUCUUGGCUCAUGCUGAAAGCUUACAUCCUUCUGUCAAUCCUAAACGAGAGAACGGCUUUGCUAAAGAAUUUCAGGUAUGUAAUUUGUGAUAAUACUGUAAAAGCAGAGUAAAUUAUGUUGAUUUAAAACCCAUCGUUGUUAUUUCGUUAUUAUCUGUAUGCGGUCUUUGCUCUUGUCUUCAAAACCGAAACAAAGUUCGAUCGACAUUGGUCUUUUAGCUAUCAUGUUUAUUUUGGUUUCACAAUAUUUACCAUUAACCUUUUUGUCACUUAAGGCUGUAUAAGAUCAUUUUUUUAAUUGUGAUUUUUCUUUUGUAAAAUGCUGAUAAACAAACUCAACAGCUGUGCACCCAAGGACAGCUGAUAUGGUUUUAUGUGAAUAUUGUCACAUGACAGGUUUUCAUCCACAGACAUUACAAAUGUCUCCACAAUUUACUUAAACUAGGAAUGACCUCACAAGUCCAGUGCAAGUUUGUAAAUAUGCAUACAGUCGACUUGCAUGUUUAGGGCUGUCCUUGCGAGACUUAUCCAUUAACAAACUUAUCCUCUCAGGAUUUCUAAAAAUAUUCAAUAGAUCUGUUCAUGCUCAUUCAUCUGUGGAUGAAGGCUGUAAACACACAAGUUUGAAUAUAUUUGCAAAUUUUACAGAAGCUAUUUGGGUAUAGCCUUGCUGAGUGAAUGGGCUGAUCAGUAUUUCCUUAAGUUAAAACAGUUCCCAUAAUUAAAUUUAACAAUCACAUUAAGCAAUUUUUAUUGCGAUUUUUAGUGGUGGUUAGACUUUUGUAUAGUGACAGGGCUCACACAGUCUUGAAAAGUCCUUGAAUUUUAGGAGUAGUCCUUGAAAAGUCCGUCGAUUCCAUUUUUCCCUCAAAAGCCCUUAAAUUUCUGUGCAAGUCCUUGAAAAGUCCUUGAAUUUUCUUCAACUUUGAAUGUAGUGAACUGGAAAGAAUUUUGUGAUGCUUUUUGCUUGUCCAAGACAGAAUAUAAAUCAUAGCUCAGAGAAUUUAAAGGUUAUGUACUUAAAUUGCUCUAUGUUUUGUGCAAUAAUUUACUAUCAGUUUAAGACAAGUGAACUGAAAAAUGUAGAGAAGUUGGUGAAGCUAACAGUUCAAACCUUAAAGUCUUAAUAAUAGAGUGGGAAUGGGUUGUUCCAGAAAAAAUCCACACCCCCCCGACGGAUGGGAUUCUGGAAAUUCUCACGGGAGGGGGGGUCGAAGACUCCGGAAAUCCAGGCGGGAGGGGGAGUUGACCUUAAAAAAGUCUUCUGCAGGGGUCAUUUCGACCGAUACCCCGGUAGUUGAUACAAAUCAAACGUUUAGUUCGAUGACACUUAAGCGCUUUCAGACCCUGAAAAUAGUCAAAACGUUUUGUUCAUAUAUUUCUCACCUGACAUAAAUGAUAAUCUAAGUUGCUUUACAGGUCCUUUUAUAGCAGAAAACGCGAACAAGAUACUAAAGAACGGGCCUGAAGGAACUCGUCGCAACGUUGUUGUCACGAAGAGCGUCAAACGCCUGACACAUUUCUACUGUUACCCAGAGAGCCCAAGAGCUUAAGAGUGAUUUUUAUAAGCUAAGAAAUUAUGUAAACACUGUUCAGGUGUCGUUCGCAUUUUUUUGUUUUUUGCUCCUUUCGUUUUUUUAGUUCCACGCGAUAGAAUUCUUAGUUUAAUAUAAGCUGAAGCUUUAGAAAUUAAAACAAAAACAUUUAGGCGUGUUUGCAUGUAUUUUCCAUUAAAAAUAAAUUAAAUUUAAGCCUUAUAUUUUUUCCCGGAAAUCCAGGCGGGGGGGGGUCUUCCACCUUGGAAAUCCAGUUGGGAGGGGGGUCUUGUGCUUCGGGAAAUCCAGGUGAGAGGGGGUUAAAAAGGACCCCAUCCGUCGGGGGGGUGUGGAUUUUUUCUGGAAUAACCCAAUGUGCAUUUUUGUACAACCUGUGAGAUUAUAUUCCUAGUAGGUGGUCCUUGAAAAGUCCUCGAAAAGACCUUGAAAAAUGGUUGCAAUCUAUUGACAGUCUGAACCCUGAGUGAACACCUUGUUUGCUACAUCUGUGUAGAGGUGGGGUGGCUGUGGUGUCUAGGGGCAUCCACUUGAUGUCAGUGUGUACGUCUAGCACACCAACAGUUCCACAACUAGUAAUUUCUGUACCCAGCCAUGUAGAAUGAACCAAAAUUUGAAGCAUCAGUACCAUACAAGCAUCAUGGUCCUAAGUAGCCUGCAAAAACAGCCUUCUCUCCUCACUCCUAGCCACUAGGGAUGUUUUGCCAGGAGGGAUGUCUGCACUUCAAAAACACUGAUGAUGUAAAAUCUGUCCAGAAUAUGAUCAGGAGCUCUGAUUGGUCGAUGUAGCAGUUGCAUUGUUUUAGCUAGCUUUUGUUUAUAAAUUACAGACAAACGGUCACAAAGUUCAAAUGUAAAUGCUAUGAAUCUACCACGUACUAUGAAACAGUUAAUAUUAGUGGAAUAUACUCAGAGGAACACAAACCUUUACCAUAAUCGACCAGGUGAAACAUAAGGAAAGGCAACUCUAUUGAUGCUUCAAUCAAUAAAGAUUUCUAUAUAUAGUUGGAGUAACCUAUGGUGUAUUUUAAACAGCACAUGCACUCAUUUCUGUUGAUUUACCAUAAUCAAAUGAAUAAAUGAGCCAGUAUUAGUGUUAACAACAGCUCAACACAUAGCAUCCUGGAACGUCAGCACCUUAAACAAAUUAGUUCCAAGAUUUCAAAUUCACAGAGCAUAUAGCCUGAGAAAAUAACCAACAUUUCACGAUGCCUCCCCUGGUUUCCCUGCGAAAUGAGAUCUAAGAAACAAGUGCAGAAACUCCAUACUGAUGACGCAUCACUGCCCAGGUCUGCGUAGUGCUUCUGAUUGGUUGGAGCAAAUUUCCCAUGCGGCAUGACCAAUCAGAAGCACUUCCCAGUUCUGGGAAGUGAAGCAUCAUCUGUACGGAAUUUCUGCACUCGUUUCUCAGGUAUCAUUGCACAGGAAACCAGUGGAAGCAUCUUGAAAUGUUGGCUGUUUUCUCAGGCUAAGGAGCUUAUAUACUUGUAGGAGAAAUUUUCUACCUGGGUCUUUCCCAUUUGCCCUUGAUCUUAAAUUUUAUGAAUGUGGGGAUUAACUGUCUUGCUGAAAAUGAUUGCCCAGAAUGUGCUUCUGUUAGUUUACCAUAUACAUGUAUGUCUUCUGUAUCUCUAAAUACAAAAUUUACUCAGGAAAACUACCAGUAGUUAGGUACAAAAGACAGAUAAGACAGAUGUCUGAAAGUUAGUAUUUACCAAGUAAUACUUUUAAUGUAGCCCUAUUUCUGAAAUCAUGUAAGGCUGAUCUACCAGAUGUUCCUUCUUUUUACUUUGGUAGCAAAUAAAGGCUUUGUCAUCUCAACUAAAGAAAAAUCCUGACUAUUCAUGUCAUCAUGGGGAGAUGGAGUGCAAUCGACCAAAAAAUCGGUACAAAGAUAUCGUGCCAUGUGAGUGUAAAUUCUGUAACAUCAUCACUACAGUUACUAACAGUUUACUGUCCACGGAUGGACUGAGUGUACAAUUGUGUAGCAGGGCUCAAAAAAAGUCCCAUCGGGUAGCCUGGAACAAGUAGAUUUUCUUACUGGGCAAAUAACUUUCAAAGCUUUCUGUCCAAUGGGCAAGGGCCAUCUAGUGAGACGAGUAAGAAGUGACCCCUGGCAAGCAAAGUGCAACAGCUGCUUCCCCAAAGGACAAGCUGGAAUUCAGGUUUUUUUUUCGAGCCCUGUAACCAGGCUGUCUCAUUUAUCAAUCUGGCUUGUUUUAAUCCCUUUUUACCUUCAAAGUUACUUGUACCCCAUACUGUGAAAUCUCACUAAAUCACGUAUUACAUGUAUUUUCACCCUCCUCCUCCUCAUCAUCAUUAUACCUGCAGUCAGUCAAUGGGUUCAGCAUAUGUAUAGUUUGAUAAGGGACUGUCCACACUUGAUGCUUGGGUAUCGGCACAAAAUGCUGUUGUGUUCACACUUUGGGUACCUGAUAUAUGACUGUGUACAUAGUUGUACUCCAUUUUGCCCUGUCCAGGGGCGGAUCCAGGAUUUUUCUUAGGAGGGGGUGCACCACUAACUGACUGAUGACGUAAGAAAUUUUAAAAGCGAAUACGAAGAAGAGGGCUUUUGACUAGGAAAUAACAUAAUGUGAACUGCUGAGAAUACAUAUCAAACGAUAGAGCAGAUUUUGUAUGUCUGUCAAGCGACUGCACAGUGUUAAUUAGAAAGCGGCCGCAGGUCAUCCCAGGGGGGGGGGUGCGCACCCCCUGCACCCUCCCCCUGUAUCCGCCCCUGCUGUCAGAUGCCACUUUGAAAUAUGAGCUUAGCAGCAAGAACAAAGCAGUGGACUGCACGAAACUUACAAAAAUUGUGUGCACACAGGGACACAGUGCUCACUUUUGUGCCCGAGUGCAAGGUCUUGACCUUAUACUCAGACACCAGUACCGUGCCCGAAUUCUAGUGUGGUUACCUAAAAAAAGGGUGUGUUCACAUUCGUGCCCAUUGAGUACCGUACUUGGGCACUGUGCCCGCGCACCAAUUGUGAAUGCUGCCUAAGUCUCCUCCAAGUAGUUCUGUUGUUGGCACUCUCCUGCCCAUGGUUGAGAUCAAAUUAGGCUGUGCUCUAGUGGCUGGGCCUGGUCAUGGCCCCUGGCACCUAACUUGUUUAUUUCGUAGAAAUCAUGUUCUGGGCACCCUGGAUUUCACAGAUUCAAACCACUUGGCUCCCUUUAUUUUUUCUUACUUCACAGCCAGUUGUCAGUAUUUCUCCAUUUCUAUUUCUCUUAGCAACAUUAAUUAUUAAUCUUCAAUCAUGUACAUGUACUGUAUUAUCAACCCUUAAAUAAAACAAUUCUUCUUGCAUGAAAUGUUUCUGCAGUUGACCACAAUCGCGUCAUGUUACCAACAUUAUCGGGUGUACCAGGAUCAGAUUACAUGAAUGGAAAUUAUAUCAAGGUAAGACCAAAACUCCCUUGGAGCUCUGAAGACUGUUAAGCUUUGUGAAAUUAUUUGUUGUCAUGUGAUGUACACCACACAACACUCAGUGGCUUCAAAUGUAAUCCUCAUGGCAAUACAGGGUGCAAAGAAAGUCAGUUUUACAGCCUGUCAUUCGGGCAAGCUGUAGCUAGUAUGUUCUUGCCCACAAGUCAUUUCAACCAGCCCCCAAACCCUUUUUGAUUAGCGGGAUUGAUUACAAUCCGUCUGUAAUUUAAAGUUCCCCCCAAAACAGCACUUGCCCUUCUGGCAAGUUGAGAACAAAAAUCACUAGCCUGAUAGCAAAAUCCAUCAGCCCCGGGCUAUCGCACACGACUUUCUUUGCGCGCUGCAAUAACUCAUUUUUGUCCUUUUUGGCAAUGUACUUGCGUUUUUUAAUGUAACACAGUCCUGUAAGUGUAGGUGUCAAUAUGUUUGAAGACUCAGCUGAUAGCUAACUGAUGAUGACCAAUUUUUCAGGGUGCGGAUGGAAACACUGCAUACAUAGCCUUACAGGGACCUCUGCCAAGAACUGUAGAUGAUUUUUGGAGGUUGAUCGCUUCUCAUAGAUGCCAGGUGGAUAAUGUGUAUACCUUUUUAUAUUAUUGUUAUCUUAGUAGUUUUGGUCCACAUUAGUAUUUAAAAAAAUAUCUCUUAACUAUAAGCAAUGCAAGGAGGUUUGUACUGUAUGUUAUGGACUGCAAUGUUAUCGCCGCUGUCCAAGGUUUAAGUGCACAGGCCAAAAAAUCAACAGGAUAAAAGGACGAUCUGUAACUUGCAGCACAGACUGAGAAAAUGAGGUUGGCAACAUUGUAGGUAUAGUUAACUGGGCAUACAGAAAAGGAAACUUUCAAAAUAUUUAGGGCACUGUACUCUAGUAGAAUAAGGCCUGUUUCAAACAUUGUGCUACUGGCGUUCUAAGCUGGCUUGACUUCAGCACAACUAAGUAGCACAACUUGGUUUCAAACGUCGAAUUUAAAUCAGUCAAAUAAAAUAGCUGUUGCGGAAAACAAAGCUUUUUACUGAACUUCUAAAAUGUAUUCUAAUAUAUGUAUUAUUCAUGAAUUGAGUCCAGCACAGCAGUGGCACGACGGAUAAAUGAAACCAAGACAUGCUAGUGUUGUGUAGCACAGUAAAACUUGCCAUGUUUCAUGGUAGUGGCUCCACUUGGUUUGAAACAUUGUGCUACUGCUGUGGUUUUUAAAGUAACUGUUGUUCUGUUAAGUCAGGCGCGGCAGUACAGUUGUAGCACAACGUUUGAAACAGGCCUUAAGGACCUGCAAAAUUGACCAUAAUCACAGCACACGUAACUGACAAAGAGGUAUUAAUAAACAAAUUUAUUAAGCUGUUGCAUUUUAUCUGAAUUUUCUUAUCUUACUUCUAGAUUGUGAUUAUGGUAUGCAGAGAAAUUGAGAUGGGAAAACUGAAGUGUAAAAGAUAUUGGCCUAUGAGUAAGGAUGAGAAAAUGAGCUUUGCUGGUAUGCAAAUCUCACUGGUAAGUAAUAUAUCACAUUAUUAUUUUAACAGUUUGCCUGUUGCACCUUGUUCAAAUAAUGAAAUACACUGUAGCAAUAUUUUUUUGCUAGUCCAUCCAUUUAUAAGACCCUGUCCCUUCUUGCAGAUCUCUGAAGAAGACAUUGCUGAAGGCUUUGUUAUCAGAACUAUGCAGAUGAAAUCUUUGAAGGUACACGGUUAUAUUUCUUAUGUUUAAUUCUCUUAACCCUUUAAGUGCCAAUAGUACUCAAAAUCAAUUUUCUCCUAACGAUAUCCAUAGACUAUCAUGAACAAAGUCUAUGAGAAUUAACAAAAUGAUCACAAAAAGAAAAAUAUUUGUUCUUUUACCAAAUUCUCUCAACUAAUUCUUCGAGGAAGUGUAUGGAGAUCAGUUUGGAGAAUUUUUAUGUGGAUAUUGGGACUUAAAGAGUUAAGGACAAGUGGCCAGCAUGAUGAUCGUACAUGUUUUUUUAAAGUCCAUGGCUGUUGGUCUGGCCAGUGUUUGAAGCAGCAUCCUCCUGCUCGGUAGACCGGCACUGUUCCCACUGUGCUAACCGCAGCAUGCAAAGAAAGUAGUGUCCGAUAGCCCGGGGUUAGUGGAUUUUGCUAUUGGGCUAGUGAAAUCUGUUUUUGACUUGCCCGAUGGGCUAGUGAUGUUCUUUGAGGAACCUGAAUAACAGAAUUCCAGAUGCUCAACAAAAAGCUUUUGGGGCUAGUUGAAAUGACGUCUGGGCUAGUAAAUGCCAGCUUCAGCUUGCUGAAUGGCAGGCUGGAAAAACUUGAUUUUCUUUUCACCCUGUAACCGGGUGGCCAAAAUUAGUCGUCUCAGUUAAUGUGUACAUUGUACUAUACUAUUAGUUUGGUGAUCACGAUCUCUUACAACUGACCCCCAAAUCUUAUUAUCUUGGAGUUUUGGAUGAUAAGUUAGGUGAGAUAAUUAACUUGUAUUUAGUUUAAAAAAAAAAAAAAAAUUGAUAUAAGGGGUUUGUUAUGAUAGAAAUUUGCAAUCAUAUUUCAAGUACUAUUAAUGCAAGACUCAUUCAUUCAUACCUUGAUGUAGGACCCAUGUUCAUGGGUCAUUGACAUUCAUAACAGUUGAUCCAAUUUUAUUGAACUAUUAUAAUUCUUUAUUAUUUUUUUUUUAGGAUGAAAUGACAGUGACCCAAUUACAGUACACAGCAUGGCCUGAUCAUGACGUACCAAAGUCGGCAACUCCGCUCAUUGAAAUUAGUAGAACUCUUAAAAGUCUCCAAGGCAACAGAAAACAACAAGUUUUAAUUCACUGCAGGUCAGUUAUGUCAGUGCUACUCAGCAAUAAUAUUAAAGUUGCAUGUACCUCUAUUUUUUUGGACUGAGAGGCCAUGUUCCUCAUACUUUUUAAUCAGUCAUGCAAAAAAAUCUCAUAAACAGUCCUCCUAAAUUGCAGCUGAACGUUUUGUAAUUUUCAUGUUGGAUUUCUUUGAGAAGUUCCACUCAUUGCAUUGGUCUAUAUACAUAAUUAUGUUCUUUCUGCCUGGGACACUAUAUCCUCCCCAACUUCUUUUCACAAUGUUUCUGCAUAGAGGCAACCAUUGCUAAAUGGAUUGUUUUCUAUUAUGUACUUGCUUUUAAAGUCUCACUGAUGAAAAGAGUCCGCUAUUCAAAAUACUUUAAAAUUUGACUUUCAGUGCUGGAUGUGGUAGAACGGGAACAAUCUGUGCUGUAGAUUAUGCUUGGGAUCAGCUUAAGAUGCAAGUAAGUGCAAGUUAAGAAAAUAAAAACUAACAUUGUACUUUUAUGUGUCUUGCCAACAUCUCAUUCUAUUCUGUUCCUUUCCAUCCAUCCCAACUCAUCUGUUCAUGCAUGCAUUCCAUCACCCAAAUAAAUUCAUUAACUAAUUAAUCAAUUAAUCACUUCAUACAUUCGCUUUGUGGUUAACUUGUUUUGUCCAUUUUUUAAAAUGCUUUUUCUCUUCUUUAAUUUGUUUUCUAUUUCAAGGAUUAAAAUUCUAAUUCCUGCUAUUUUGUAUUGCAGAAAACAAACAAUUUUAGCGUGUAUGAUAUUGUAACAAACCUAAGAAAGCAGAGGAUGGCUAUGGUCCAAACCAAGGUACUAAACAAAACAGAAGCUUUUGCAGUGUUUUUAAGUAAACAAAAAAUAAAUGAAAAAUCUGCAGGAGAGGAUUUGAACUUCAUAGAACUUGCUCUUUACAUUUCCUUAGACCAUUGUGGCAAUGAAUUUACAGCAACGUGUUGUCAAGCUUAAGAAAAUAAUGUAACGUAGUGUUGCUUCAUGUAACCUUCCAUAGCCAGACGCACUUCUUAAAGGUCAGAACACAAUACAAUAAUACAAUACAAUAACUUUAUUUAAAGAGGGAAGCGCAAUAACCUGUUACAGUUUUCUAACCUACGGCCCUCAACACAAUAGGUGACAUGUUGCUGCAACAUGUCAUGGUGACAUUCCACCCCUUGUAUGCACUUCAGGUGACAAGUUGUGCGUUACAUUGCACCGACAAAUUGCUUCCUGGUUACUGGAGAAUUGUUGUGAAAAUCUUUGUUUGUGCAACAGAAUUUUGUCCUGUCACAAAAUUCUGUUGUGGAGACAAACAUUUUCACAGAAUUUCGAGAAAACGUUCUAUUUUUGUGAUUGAUUCCUCUUUAAAAGACAGUGCAUUUACAGCAGUUCAAAGGGAUGCAAAGUUCUAAACAAGCUUUGUGAAAGGGGUACCAUUUGUCAAUAGAGGGUAUACAAAACGGGUACCUUUUUCGUGAAAAAUGGCAUAUGUUAAAAAGGGUAAGGGGUUGGACCUCGGGGCGGAGCCUCCCCGUGUAAACAUUUGUUGAGUACCCCCGCCCCCCGGGAUUAUUGAUAGCAACUUUUUGAGGAUCCAGCCAAUAUUGGUAGAUUUGAAUCGCGAUACUAAAUCUUCUAUUGGAUUUUAAGGUUAGCUGCACUAAAUCUUGAUAGCACUUGCCCUUGAAGAUAAUCAUAUUAACGUGUUCCCAAACAGGAGCAGUAUGAAUUAGUCUACAAAGCUGUUGUCCAACUUGUUCACGAGCAAAUAGAAGAAGAGAAAUUCACGUUCCACACAUACGUUAAUGUAGAGCUGCCCAAGUCUCCAAAGUCACAGACCUUAUCUGGUGAAUCAAACUAUGAGAACUGUGAGUUUAUUAGAAGUGUUAAUCGGUGGAAACAGAGUGACAUGCAAAAUGGAUCAGUGCCGAGGAAAAAGUUGCCACUACCGGUGGAAGCUCCAGCAGGUACUAAAUUUGAUCCUAAACCAUCAUUGUCAAAAAAACCUGCCAUAACACCACCGUCUCCUGAUCCAUCAAAAAGACCUCCUCUUCCACUACCCUCUCCUGAGCAAAUGCUGACAUCACCUGAUAUAAAAGGAGGCAAAGACUAUGUAAAUGUAGAGUUUUUAAGCUCCAAUGAGCAGAAAAGGAAAUCACCCAUGGAAGUUACAGAAAACAAGCCUGCAAUGUCAGGGAAACCAGCAGUCCCUCAUAAACCAAUGCAAAAUUCUGAUGCUGGAAAAAUUAAGGGUCAAUCUCCAACGUCUGGACAACAAAAACCUCCUUCAAUAUCUGAUUAUGAAGUGCUUCCUGGACCAUCAUCGACAGCAAGCCCACCUACUGUGAUUAACACUAGAAAUAAAGGGACUGUCAGUGAUUACGAGAUCCCUCCUGUGGCUUCUCAAGGUGCUAAGAAUCCAACCAGACACGUUCCUGAAGGUAUGUGGAACUAUUAACAUUCCUGAGUAGAUAACUUACCGCUCUUAUUUUAACCCCUCCUCCGGGGACACUUGCCCUAUCAAAAAUUAUGGGGGUGCUUAUCUGAAAAUUGCAAAAAUACACCUAAACGGUACCAGAAUCUCGUUUUGUGGGCGUGGCUCCAAAAUAAUCGUUUUUACCUCUAGGGAUAUCAAGUCUAAAGCCAAUUGUAUUGCAUUGAUAAGGGAAACCAAGACGAGUGAAGGUAGAGAGUGCUUAUUUUCCAUCGGUAAACGUCAUUUGACAACAACAACAACAAUAAUCUGUUUUUCCUGAUUAACAAACCUGAGGCUGAGGGUGUGCUCAAUUUAUCCCCCCUCUGUCCAUCAGCGCUCCGAUUUGUUAAAAGGAAAUUCUUUUUUAACUAUUAAGAGUCAUCUACGUAGGAACAAAGUCAAAGUAUGUGUUUUUGAGAGGGUUGUAGUUGUAGUAUUUAAAUCUAAUUUAUAACAUCUUUUCUAACGCAGUAAUUUUUAUUUUUAAACAUCAUUUCUAAACAUCGUAUCUUAAGCGAAGCAGACUGACGUGAAAGCAGUCUAAUGGAUGAUGCGCCAUGUAUCAUAAUUUUAAACAUAGAUUAACUAAGGGCUGAAUUGCUUGUAAGCUUGAAAAAAGCAAUAACAGAAUAAAUUGCUAGAAAUUGCUAGAAGGACUAUCAAUCUGAGGACGUAGGCUGCUUUCUUUUGUUUUUGCGAAGCACGUGUUGCUGCUCGCAUUUCAGUUUGGUUCUAUGUGGGUGUUAAAAAUAAUUCAUGGCAUAUAGUUGUGUUUGCAAGUUGUAUAAAUGAUCUGAUAAUAAAUAAUCUGUUUAACCAGGUUUGCUUAUCGAUCUUGGGAACAACACACCUCCAUUGCCGAAUAAACGCUCCUCAGGAGAUUGCUCUGGAUAUGAGAAUAUUCAAGGUAAUUGGGAGGCUCGUCAGGUGCAGUUAAAUAUGUUAUACUACUACAUGAGAAAUCUCUACAAUUUGACUGGCUUGGAGAAGUGGUAUUUCAGCUUAAUUUGAAAUACCUACAUGUGAAAAUUACAAACCUUUUGCGGGUAGUAGUGUAAACAAAUAAUAGAAUAAUUUGUUCGUGAUACGUAAUAGUCUAGAAACGUCCACAUGUACCAUAAUGUACAGUCUAACCUCUCGUUACGGACACCUCUCUAUUACGACUGUUCGUUUGGUCCCAGAAAAGCCAAAAAUCAUACAUUCCCUACCUCUAUAAUACGGACACCUCUGUAAAGCGGACACUUGGUUCUGUCCCUUUGGUGUCCGUAUUAAACAGAUUUGUCUGUACCUCAUAGCCUGAGAUAACAACUGACGUUUUGCGACACCUCCAACGGUUUCCCGAGGAAACUCUUGGUGACGUCGCGAAAUGUCGGCCAAUUUUCUCGGACUAUUUUUCUCGGCACAUGAAAUCUUGGUGAAUUUAAAAAUUGUUUAGGGUUGGAUUGUGGCGAAAGGUAUGCUUUUUAUACAGUCUUAAGGGAAAUUUUUUUAAAAUUAAGUUUGCAGGAAAUCAUUAAAUACUAGUUGUUUCACUGAUAUAGUUUAAUUGGUAACAAGUUAACAAAUCUUAAUAAAGAAAUAUCUAGGCAAGUACGUACUAACUGAGUAUACGGACUGCAAAAAUUUUAAGGUAUUACGCUAAAGGUGGGAAGGUUUACAAGAUACUUGUUACCCUUAGGUCGUUGUGGUCUAAUGUAAAAGGACGCCAAUUAAUAAUGUUCCUGAACACACUUUAUAAUAACUGCACAUGUCUAAGUAUUUUUUACCUGAAUGGUACGUCGGAUCACACUCACACUCAUGUAUGGGGGCAUCAUUACUCAUUCCUUCAUUACUUGUAAACUGCACCUAAGCAGCCUGGCAAAGUCCCCCAACCAGUGUUGUAAAUUAUCCCUGAAAAGCCCUGAGGGGAGUGGAUAAUAAAAUAUUUCCAAUUUACAAUUACAAUUUACAAUCAGCCAGUUACAUUAUUUGGAAAUUCAUGUUUAGUUUUAAAUGAAUCUAUGUCUUUUUCUUGAUAGUUAAGCCCCACUCUAGGUCUUCGAGCCCUUCGAAUGUUCGAGAUGACAUGGUCUUGCGAGGCAACAGCUUACUUCAGCCUACAGGGGCGCAACAUGACAACAGAGGUUUCAAGACCGUCCCCAACAGGCAGAAGAUAGCUGCUGGCCCUAAACGCUGCCCCUUGUCUGCAGAGUUAUUUGAAGACCCAGGUGCUAAUGUUGGGGACGGCUUCAAAGUGGGGCAUACACCAACAGAUUCCACAUUAUUAGUCGAAGCUGGCACUGUUCAUUCCCACUCUAACGUGAUAGAGAAGCCUGCGACAGUGCCACACCCUAAUACAGGGACAGUGCCAUCGGGAAAAGGACAGCACGCGUUGCUACCUCAAAAGCCACCUAGGAAUCCGGUCGGGAGUUACAGCUUGGUAGGGAUACCGGCAGCCGGAAGUCAAAUGGAGGUUUCUGUUGAGCCUGUUGAGGUCAAAGUCGCUGUUGGUCCUCCUCAAGUGAAAUAUAUUGGUAGUUCUGUGGAGGGUAAAAGUACUGGUCCUCCUAAGGAACCCUCGUAUGAGUUAGUUGGACAUUGGGGACAGUCAGUUAAAAAGGAGUCACCUCCUUCUGUGCAUGCGUACAGUCGAAACACUGAGUUAGAAGUCAAAAAUGGAACUAAAGGAGCACCACAUGGCUCACCACGCCCACCACCUAAAGGAGACAGGGAGAAACCAACUACUGAGGGUGGCAUUUCGCCUGAUCGAGAGGGGGUCCAUGAAGUGUUGCUUGGAACAGGUAACCAAACACCCCAUAUACUCAGUCCUACAGCUCUUUCUUUUAAGGUGGCUACACACUAGACGACAUGUCGGUACACACUAGGCGACGUGUCGCUGCAGCACUUCGCGGCGACUAAUUGCUCCGUGUGUAGAGGUCGUGUGAUAAGUUGCGCGACAAGUUGCAGCGACAAAUCGUUUUGUGUGUACUGGAGACUUUUUGUGAAAAUCUUUGUCUCAGUGACAGAAUUUUGUCGCCACAACAACUCGCACGUAUUCAAUCUGAUUUGCUUUUGUGCGACUCGUUGCGGCGACAAAAUUCUGUUGCGCAGACAAAGAUUUUCGCAAAAAUUCUCCAGUAGACACGAAGCGAUUUGCCACUGCGAAGUGUUGCUGCAACUUGUUGCCUAGUGAGUUCCGGUGUCUACAGCAAUAACCUGUUAUUUAAAUCAGCUCCUGUUUCCACACACUUUUGUUAUCAGCUUCUCGGUUCUCUCGAUGUGAUUCUCGCAGUGCAGGAAGCCCCAGCUACUGUGACUACCGUACUGUUGUCUGCCGGAAGUAAUUAUGGUAAUUGCCUUAAGCUGUGGAUUGGCCAAAAAAUCUCGCGCCACUUUCUCAACCAAUGAGAAAUAAAUCAGAACCAAUUUUGAUUUACCCGCACCCGCUUUCCCGCCCCCGGUAGUGAUUGGUUAAUUUGAGUAUCUGUGCCUGUUGUGAUUGGCCAGAAUAAUGACUUGGGAAUACGUGACAGUAUGAUCGUGACCGCCACCCUGACACUGUACGUGUAACAACAGACAAUGACGUGACGUGUCACUUCUUUUCUUCAGAUCUUUAUGCUACUGUGGCUCCAAGGCCGCACGGUCACAGAGACACCAAGGGUAGCAACAGUCCUAACGAGUCCGCCAAGUCUACGGACUCAUCUUCAAGGCCUCGUAACCACAGAUUACAGGUGAGUGAUCCAGUCCCAAUAGUGGCUGACCAACAUCAACAUUCUCCUAACAAUUUCAAUUCAUCAUGAUAUGGCAAGGUUAUGAGAAUUACUAAAAUGACAACCAAAUGGAAAAUGCGCUGAUUUUUUUGUCAAAUUCUCCCCUCCAAUUUUUUUACGAAACAGGAUGGAGAUCAGACUUGAGAAUUUUAGAUUACUAUACGUUUCUGGAAAACUACCCACCUACCCCUACCCUAAGCCAACGUUAACACUUACUUCUCAUUUAGGGCAAAAUGGUGUCUUAGGGGACGGGUAGGUGGGUUUGUGGAUAUUGGAGCUGAAAGGGUUGAUGACGGUUUUAACCAAAAUGUUUUCAUGUUUGCUUUUGUUUGUUUUGUGACUGAAGAAGCAAAAACAGAAUAAUCGUCCGGAUAACGUUUCCGUUAAACCAGGCAUUUCUUUGUUAAUUUUCUCGUUUUUGAGUAGCUGUAUCUUCACAAACACCAAACAUGAGGAUUUUUUAAAGUUUAGUGGACUUAGUGUGCUUUUUUUGCCUUUGAAGACCUUCUGCUAAUAAUCUCAUAUCUUACGAACUCAUACCCAGACCCCUUCGGUUUUAAAACAUGCAAUGACUUUGUUAUGAAACGUUUUUUUUGUGGUUGAAAAUGUUUGUUUAGCUGAAAAUGGAGCCAAUUUUGAAAUUCCCUUUUUUCUUUGGAAAGUUUUCACAAAGCAUUUGUGAGUCAUUCAUUAGUUUUUCAGUGCGGAAAUUUUUCCAAAUUUUUGCACUGGGCAUUUGUUAGCCUCCUUAAGUUUUUAUAGAGGGUGAAAGAAGCCUCUUUCUGAAGUUGAAUCACUGCUGGUUUAGGCAACGAACGGUCUAUUUUUACUUAGUCCGUGGAGCGGUACGUCCCUGAGACAAAAAUGACCACGCGCAUGAUUGAAGGCGCGCGAGGCGAGAGAUGCUACCGCCCUCGUUUCUCGCGCCUGGCGCCUUUGUCACUCGCGCGCGAGUGCACUCUCCUCACUAAAUCUAAAGAAAAAGAGUGACUGUCAGUAAUUGACAAUGUUCAUUCUGGUUUUUUUUUUUCUCUCUUGUUUCAGAGCAGCACAUCAAUAUCAAGUGAAGACGGAGAUGCUCCUCCAGUGCCCCAGAAGACAAAUGAAGCUUUCCUUGCUCCAGGUGGGAAAUUGUUAAACGCACUCGCAGUUUUACCGGUAAAACGUAUAACUUAGACAUGCUUAACUUGAUCAUACCUAUUUUUGCGGGAAAACAAGGGCUUGGGAUCUGUUUACACUAUGCCAGAUAGCUUUUGCGCUGGCUUUAAGACCAAACUGGAUAGCAGGGCUUCUGCCGUGUUCACACGUAAGAACGGUCAUUUCGGCGCGAUCUCUGUAACGAAGCGAAGCUACGCCGAUCUCUAAAGUGGAGAGUUACAUAUCCGACAGGUGUUCAUACUAUAUCGAAUAGUUUUUCGUGUUGGCAGCCGGAAAAGACUAAAAACAGUCCGCUAUAGCGUCUAUAUAGCUUUAGUAUUCCGCCCUUUGUGGUUUAUUGCUGUUUUAGAUUGUAAAGGUAAAUGUAGGUAGACACCUUUCUAAAGUGCAUCGGAAAUUGCCCUGAAAAUUCUGUCGAGCCACCUUGAGAGUUCAUUCAGUUCUCGGUGGACUCUUAUUGUACCGCUGAACACCGAUAUAAUGAGCCGUUUUAUAUCGAACAGCUCUUUUAUGCAACAAGGAAUGAGAUUUUUUACUGCAGUUGUCACAGGAACCCAAUACAACAUUUCCUAUUAUGCUAAUAAUGAAAAAAAAAAAUAUAUGCACAAAAGAAAAACAAUUUAGCAUUAAGGAAGAAAGUCAUUAGCAAACGGAGAAAAAUUAAUUGGUAACUGUUAAUACCCAGGAAAUGCAGAUGUUUAUGCAGGAAGUUGUAAUAAUGCAAUUGUCAAAAUACUUAUGCAAGAAGUUCAUUGCGAAGCAAAUUUCAACAUCUACUUAAUAUUUUUGGCUGUAGCCGAUAUGGCUAUAUACGUUUAGACCACUUUCUGUUAGCCUUCAUAUCACGUGUAAGAUAGUGGCUAACUGAGAAGCGUUUCCUGACGUUUGUGUCUCAAUUAGUUCUUUAGCGAGCAUCAAAGUCAACAUGUCAACCUGUACUACUACUCAAUAAUUUGUUCUAGUUGAAAUGACAGCAUAUCUCCUUCACUGUGGUUUGUUAACUUCCAAUUUUCGUGUACCCCUAUUUUACGAUAUCCAUGCCGUCAGAGUACAUAUAACAUCUUAUUUUGUAUUAAUAUUUUUGCAUAGUUCUUUAGCGAGCAGCAAAGUUAAACUGUCUUAGAAAUGUUAGGAAUCGGCGUAAUUGAUAUGUUUGAUGCAACGAC